UCCGUGGCGGCCAUGAUUACAGGGGAAAUAGCUCUCAGUUUGCGUUGUUUCCCUCCGGACGCAUUUACCUUCUGCACCUUCGGAAAGAAGCGCCGCAUUCUCACAUUUUACUAGUGUGACUGCAGAGAUGGCGACUACUAAGGUUCCAGAGGUUCGCGACAUAAUGCGGAUUGAGAGAAUUGGUGCACACUCUCAUAUCCGUGGUCUUGGUUUGGAUGAUGCUUUGGAACCAAGACAGGUGUCCCAGGGUAUGGUGGGUCAGCUGGCGUCCCGUCGAGCCGCAGGAGUUGUUCUGGAGAUGAUCAAAGAUGGACAAAUUGCAGGCAGGGCCGUUCUGAUUGCUGGACAACCUGGCACAGGGAAGACCGCCAUUGCUAUGGGCAUCGCCCAGUCUCUCGGCCCUGAUACGCCCUUCACAGCCAUGGCCAGUAGUGAGAUAUACUCCCUGGAGAUGAGCAAAACUGAGGCGCUGAGUCAAGCUUUUAGAAAGGCCAUCGGAGUCAGGAUCAAAGAGGAGACUGAGAUUAUUGAAGGUGAAGUUGUGGAAAUCCAGAUUGAUAGGCCAGCUACUGGAACGGGCGCUAAAGUCGGGAAGCUGACUUUAAAGACCACUGAGAUGGAGACAAUAUACGACCUGGGCAACAAGAUGAUUGACAGCCUCAGUAAGGAGAAGGUUCAAGCUGGAGAUGUCAUUACCAUUGACAAAGCCACUGGAAAGAUAAGCAAGCUGGGCCGCUCUUUCACCAGAGCCAGAGACUAUGAUGCCAUGGGAGCUCAGACUCAGUUUGUACAGUGUCCGGAGGGAGAGUUACAAAAGAGAAAAGAGGUCGUCCACACUGUGUCCCUCCAUGAGAUCGACGUCAUCAACAGUCGGACACAAGGCUUCCUGGCACUGUUCUCUGGAGACACCGGAGAGAUCAAGUCUGAAGUCCGUGAGCAAAUUAAUGCCAAAGUCUGUGAGUGGAGGGAAGAGGGGAAAGCGGAGAUCAUUCCAGGAGUGUUGUUUAUUGACGAGGUCCAUAUGUUGGACAUGGAGUGCUUCUCCUUCCUGAACCGUGCACUCGAGAGUGACCUGUCCCCUGUUCUCAUUAUGGCCACCAACAGAGGCAUUACCCGUAUCCGUGGCACAAACUACCAGAGUCCUCAUGGGAUCCCCAUCGACCUGCUGGAUCGCCUGCUCAUCAUCACAACCUCUCCAUACACUGAAAAAGAGACCAGACAGGUCCUCAAGAUCAGGUGUGAAGAGGAGGAUGUAGAGUUGAGUGAAGAAGCUCACACUGUCCUGACUCGUAUCGGCAUGGAGACGUCGCUGCGUUAUGCCAUUCAGCUGAUCAGUACUGCAGGACUGGUGUGUCGCAAACGCAAGGGGACAGAAGUGCAGGUGGACGACAUUAAAAGAGUCUAUUCUCUGUUCUUGGAUGAAGCCAGAUCCUCUCAGUACAUGAAAGAGUAUCAGGAUUCAUUCCUCUUUAACGAAACACAAACAUCUGCUAUGGACGUCUCCUAAUGCCUAUGGUUUUGUACGCUGCAGUUCCUACGUCAUCCUCUGGGGUUGGAGUCAGUUCAGAUAUUUUGUGAAUGACCUUGACGAUUGAAUAUACAUGUAAUAAAUUAUGUUCCCUUUGAACCUCUGAAGUGUAAAACUGGGUUUGGUAGAAGCUGUUGAUGACGGCGCCCUCGUGUGGCAGGAGAAUGCAUUCCUUUAAGACAAGAAUUUGUCCCUUUGUCUACUUAUCUCUGGUUUAUUUUGUAUGAAAAGUAUUAAACCUGCUUGUAAGAGCUCAACCUUGGUUUGGUUCAAAGCUUAAUUUGAUGACAAAUCGUCUUGGGCAUUUAACUGUUUGUUAGAUUUAUUCAUAAUUGGAGAGAGGAGUGCCUUAAUUUACAAUUUUUGUCUAGUCCCUGGGGAGAUAAUGAAGGUGUUAAAUUAAAUACAGAUAAAUACAAAUAGUUGACAUUAUAAAUGA